GCACUAGAAAAAAACCUUAUCUAAAACAUGGCUUACUUUUCUCCCCUCACCUUGACAAUCUUACUUUUCUUCAUCCAAAGAAUUGAUUUUUGUCAUACACUUGUUCCGGCAAAUGAAACCUUCAAGUUCGUCAAUGAAGGAGAACUAGGCCAGUACAUCAGUGAAUACUUCGGCGAUUACCGACCUCUCGACCCCUUCACCUCCCCAUUCCAGCUUUGCUUCUACAACCAAACCCCCACUGCCUUCACACUCGCCCUACGCAUGGGCCUGAGGCGCACCGAGUCUCUCAUGCGCUGGGUCUGGGAAGCCAACCGGGGCAACCCGGUCGACGAAAACGCCACGCUCACAUUCGGCCCAGACGGGAACCUCGUGCUGGCCCGGUCCAACGGCCAGGUCGCAUGGCAAACAUCUACAGCCAACAAAGGUGUCGUGGGCCUCAAGAUUCUCCCUAAUGGUAACAUGGUGCUUUACGACUCCAAAGGCAAAUUCUUAUGGCAAAGCUUCGACACGCCCACCGACACGCUCCUAGUGGGCCAGUCACUCAAGAUGGGCGCUGUUACAAAGCUCGUGAGCCGGGCUUCUCCGGGUGAGAACGUGAAUGGGCCGUACAGUCUCGUGAUGGAGCCCAAAGGGCUGCAUUUGUACUACAAGCCCACCACCUCUCCCAAGCCCAUCCGGUACUACUCUUUCUCCUUGUUCACCAAACUCAACAAGAACGAGAGCCUACAGAAUGUUACAUUUGAGUUUGAAAAUGAGAAUGACCAGGGCUUUGCUUUUUUAUUGAGCUUGAAAUACGGAAUCUCGAACUCAUUGGGUGGGGCCUCCAUACUCAAUAGAAUCAAGUACAAUACCACAUUGUCGUUUCUCAGAUUAGAGAUCGAUGGGAAUGUCAAGAUUUAUACUUAUAAUGAUAAAGUGGAUUAUGGUGCGUGGGAAGUGACUUAUACUUUGUUUCUAAAAGCCCCUCCUCCUUUGUUCCAAGUAAGCCUAGCUGCCACGGAGUCCGAAUCCUCUGAAUGUCAAUUACCCAAGAAGUGUGGUAACUUUGGGCUUUGUGAGGAGAGCCAAUGCGUGGGCUGCCCAACCUCUAGUGGGCCGGUUCUUGCUUGGAGCAAGACUUGCGAGCCCCCAAAAUUAUCAUCUUGCGGGCCAAAAGAUUUUCACUAUAAUAAGCUUGCGGGGGUGGAUCACUACAUGAUAAAGUACACAAGCGGGGAUGGGCCGGUGAAAGAUGGUGAUUGUGGGGUGAAAUGUACAGGAGACUGUAAGUGUUUGGGGUAUUUUUAUAACCAGGACACGUCGAGAUGUUGGAUAGCGUAUGAUCUCAGUACUCUCACCAGAGUGGUCAAUGCCACGCACUUGGCCUACAUUAAGGUGCCCAAUAAGUGAUGCCUUGUUUGGACCUGGCUAUAUUUAAAGCUUGCUGCUCUCGAGUUUUUCAGCCGACAAUAAUGAAUGUGGCAUAGCUGUUGUGACACGUUAUAUACCUAUAAUAUCUUGUGACAAGCUACUCACCGAAAUAAAGAACGGUUUUUGUGUGA